CGAUGUGGACGGUCAUUCACCUAAACUUUUAAGAUUAACACAAAGAAAUUGUAUUCCUGUGCAAAGCGGAACGGUCAAUCUUCUGUUUUUUGUUUCCAGUCGGAGGGAAGCCGAAAUGGUCCGCCGUGUCUUGGUCUAGCUUCUCCGUAACAGCUGUGCCGAUUCAUUAGAAUGGGGUCAGUUAGAUGGGGGUGAAAAACUGUUAUUAACAAGGAAAAAAACUGAGCUGCAGGGGAAACAAGACCUCUGAGCACUUAGGUGGGUGUCCAAGUAAAGAUAUAUUGGGGCCUCCUCAGACGCUUGCCGGCUAGGUGUCUGAAGUGCUGUGGCUGUUUAAGGAAACGAAACACCGCCCGAAGUGAGAUCCAGGUGCUGAAACCGUGCCCUCGCAGGCGACGUCUCCAGUGCGGAGGAGCAGAUGGAAAGCGGGGAGGCGGGCUCGCCGGAUCGGUCCGGACUGGUGUCGGAGGACGGGAAGAACACGAAGACGGUUCUGUGCCAGCGAUGCGGCUCCAAGGUUUUGUGUCCGGGCAUGGCGCUGUUCACAGAGAAAGAGCUGUUCCUGCCCUCCAUGCGCAGGAAGCCCGGGGCUCCCAGCGGCUCGCAGGAGGAGGGCGCGAUGGAGGGGGAUGUGCUGCGAGCCCACUGGCUGGUGGAUGACAUGUACACCUUCGAGAACGUGGGCUUCACCAAGGAGGUGGGCAAGGUGAAAUACCUGAUCUGUGCGGACUGCGAGAUCGGGCCCAUCGGCUGGCACAGCCUGGACGACAAGAAGAGCUUCUACGUGGCGCUGGAGCGGGUCACGCACGCGUGAGUGGCCUUGCCGCGGGACGCGGAGAGGGCAGCUGUGACGCCCGCUGCGCGUGUGCAGUCUGGGGGGAGUGCCUUCUCUCUCGGGUGACCUGGGGAACGCGCUGGCCACACCAACGCACGCAGCCGGAGUCGCUCCCGGUGUUCUGAUUGGCUUUACAGUCGCUAAAAAGUCCCGAUCUAGCGCGAAACAACACAGAUCCGGGCAGGAUGAGAUCUUUUUUUUUUUUCUCCAAUGGCGAUUCAGUAAAUGACUUUCUCGGGAGCUAGAUGAGGAAACAAGGAGCCCAUCUGGAGGGGGUGGAGCAAAAUGUAUGAAGCAAUAGUUUUUCACACAACUUUAGCUGCAUUUUAUUUGAACCUUCAAUUACCAGGAUGUCUUGAGGCUGCAGCAUAGGGGUUAGUUAGAACUGUAAACUGAGAGUAUUGUAGUAUCUAACAAGAUUAACUGUGUAUAUCGGAGAGCAGUGAUUAAUGUUGCAUGCGCUAACCACUUGUCGGGCUAACCGGUAUUUGCUUUAUCUGUUAGGCAUCAAUAUCGAGGAGUCUUAUUAUAGAGGACAUGAAAUGCACCAUUCUGUAUUGUUUCAUUAUGUUCUUCUGUAAGUUCUUUUUUUAUACGAUUCUGUUGUGUCUAGUUUCUGGACAGGCUGUAGAAAGUGGAAAAAAGCUGAUGUGACUGGGGGACGGCCAGAACCAGCUUUUUUGGGUGUGCGGUGCUCCAUCAGUGGGUUUCUAAGCUCGGCACAGUGCUGUUUUAUUUGCCCCAAUGCCCAUAAUAGAAGGAGAGUUGCUUUUAGCAGAAUUUGAUGUAGAAUGGCCAUCAAAUGUAGGCAUUCAUCGCACCGAAGACCCUUGUGUCCAGUCCUGGCCCUGGAGGGCUGGCGUGUCUGUAGCGUUCCAUUCCAGCUCGGCUCUUAACGACCUUGGCUUGAUAAUCAGACCCAUUUAACUGCAGAUGUAGGUGCUUUAAAGAGACCAAGAAGUCCUGCAAACACGCCGGUCCCCUCUCGACUGGACCAACCCUGGGUUUUGGAGCACCGCACACCCCAUCGGACAAGUGAUAAGGAAAUUCUGUAGAUAAAUUCCAAGGUUAUCGUCCACUUUCAUUUUUAUGAAUUCCCAUUUAAAGGUGCCUGUAUUAUGAUUGCUUGUUAUUCCUUUCGUACACCUUAAAGACCACAGCAUGAAUAUGUAAAGGAUGUACAGUAAGUGGUGGGGACGGUGCUGGCCUACAGUGCUGAUACUCCUGGGAGCUCAGGACAGCCUCUGGAUGAUGACGCAAGCAGGGCGUGACUCCCUGAGACCAGGUCUGCGCCUGGCCCAGUCCAGUCCAGGCUCAACAGCAGAUGGAACCAGGCUUCAGCAAAUCUGGACCCACCUGCUUUCCACUUUUCCUCUGGACUCUGCCCUCUCCCACCCCCCGAAAACCAGCGUCGGUGUGUCGUACCCGUGUUGGAGAAGAAAAUUAAAACUUUUUGUUUUGAGUAA